UUGAAGACUUUUGCUAAAAUUCACGAGAUUCGGGAUCAUAAUGAUGCCCUCUAUUAACGCGUUACGCAUUACUAUUACACAAACACACAGUGUCCGAUUCUUGGAUCUACUCAUCAUCAACCAAACCAAACAUCCUAUGUAUUGGACUCCGAGCUGUUAGUUGAGACAAGUACAUAAAACAUGGGAGGGUUAUGCACAGGGGGUACUAUCAAACAUCAUCGUCAAAGUCAAGGCAAAGCUGAUCAUGAUUAUUCUUCGGACAACAAUUCGAAGAAUAUUGAUAAGAAGACCAGCGAUGGGCUGGAGGAAGAGGAGAGUUAUGAUGGUGGAAUGAAUGGGUCAGCUGGUUUUGAAUUUUAUGAGAAGAAGAGGACUCCUCAUAUUUUCGAUUCCGGCGAGCUUAAUUUUAAUAUUUCUAAUCAGUUCUUGAAUCGCCGAUCAGCUGCUGCUCGGACUCCACCUGCCACUAAGGGGCCUCAUAUGAACUCAUUUUUUGGUAAAGCUGGCAUUGCUGGCCUAGAAAGGGCAGUAGAUGUCCUGGACACGUUAGGAAGUAGCAUGACAAACAUGCACGCCGGAAGUGGAUUUGCAUAUAAUCUGGCUUCAAGGGGAAACAAAGUAUCUAUUCUUGCAUUUGAAGUUGCUAAUACCAUUGCCAAAGGUUCCAAUUUGUUACAAUCUAUAUCUGAAGAAAAUAUUCAAAUACUUAAAGAUGAGAUUCUGCAAUCAGAUGGGGUACUGCGAUUAGUUUCUACAGAUAUGACAGAGCUGCUUAAAAUUGCGGCUAUCGACCAAAGGGAGGAAUUAAAUAUAUUUUCUCGAGAAGUAAUCAGGUUUGGAGACCUCUGCAGGGAUCCACAAUGGCACAAUCUGGAUCGUUACUUUUUAAAGUUUGAUUCAGACCCUGCAGCUGGAAAACUGCUUAGAGAACAGGCAGAGAUGACAAUGCAAGAACUCCUUAGUCUGGCUCAGUACACAUCUGAAUUAUAUCAUGAAAUGCAUGCUUUGGAUAGGUUUGAGCAAGAUUACCAAACGAAGGUUGAAGAAGUGGAGUCUUUACAUCUUCCUCGUAAAGGAGAGGGUCUCUUACUAUUACAUUCUGAGCUAAAGCAUCAGAGGAAACUUGUAAAGAGUUUGAAAAAGAAAUCACUUUGGUCUAAAAGUUUGGUGGAGGUAGUGGAGAAGCUUGUUGAUGUAGUCACCUACAUACAUCAACACAUCUCGGAAGUGUUUGGAAAUGAUGUUUCAGGUGCAUCAUCUACCGAAGAGAAGUCCUCCGGCAAGCCUGAUGAAAGACUGGGCAUUGCUGGUCUUGCUUUACAUUAUGCUCAUAUAGUCACUCAAAUUGAUAACAUCGCAUCUCGUCCAACCUCUCUCCCUCCUAAUAUGAGAGAUGGACUGUAUAGUGGGUUACCAGUUAAUGUGAAGAAAAGACUGCGGUCGCGUUUGCAGUCAUUGGAUGUUCAUGAAGAAUUGUCCAUUCCUCAAAUGAAAACUCAAAUUGAAAGGACACUCAAAUGGCUUGCUCCUAUCGCUGCCGAUACGACCAAAGCGCAUCAAGGUUUUGGAUGGGUUGGAGAGUGGGCAAAUACUGGUAUCGAAUAUGGCAAGACAACAAAGAAUAGUGUGAUUCGACUCCAGACGCUUUAUCAUGCUGAUAAAGGGAAAAUGGAUCUCUACAUUCUUGAACUCAUUAUCUGCCUUCAUCGCCUGAUCAGCCUCGUAAAACACAAAGACAACGGAUCCAAAGCUCAGCCACUUCAAUCUCCAGUUGAGAGAGAAUUGGUUCCAGAUCACGAGAUACCGAGUGAAGUACAGAACACUAUUACUCUAGAGGAUGGAAAUGUAAUAGAUAACUCGAUGAACCGGCAAAAACUGUUUGGCAAGAGCAAAAGCCUAGAAUUUGUAAUGGGAAGGAGGAAAUCACUCAAAAUCCGGGCACCAAGUAGGAGUGCUGGGAGCUCCCCCAGGACCGCAACAGCUCUGGAGCGAAGGCAAUCAAAGGCCAGCAUUUUGGAUGUAUUGGACGGAAUAGAACAGCAUAGUGAGCUUUCAUGAAUCUAGUAGGAAUCAUUUGCCACUUUCCAGGAUUAUUUUGUUUACUAAGCAAGAUGUUUUGAUCAGUAGAACAGCUUUUAUGAUUUGAAUCAGUGGAGCACAACCUCAGUAACAUGUACAUAUGUAUAGUUUGGUUUUCCUCCUCCCUCUCUCCCUGUCUAAUUCAUAUCUAUAGACUUUUAUCACUUUAAAGGAUGUUUUGCUCAA